AUGAGCUUCUCACUUCCCUUCCUCUCUCGCGACGCACAUAUCCCUUCUGCCGUCUUCUUCUUCGCCUCAACCUUUCAACUCCGGCGACCUCCGUCUCCCUCAAUCUGUAUCUCCGCUUCGAUUCGCGUCAUAAACCCACCGUUUACCUCCGUUGCACUUUUCAUCGUCGACGCCGGAUUGCUUUGGAUUGAAACAAAAGGCAUAGAUCAUGGCAAGUUACAAUACGCCGGUUUGGUCAUGAAGAAGGUAAUGAAGAUGGAAGCAACAAGUAUAUUUUUGGAUAUUGUAAAUGGUGUUGGGUAUUUGUAA